GCACGAGCGCGGGUGCGAGCGCGAGCGCGGCCCCUGCCCCCGGUGCCGGCUCUGGGAGCCUGGGUCCUGGGUCCGGGCGGGCGCGUCCAGGCCGGGAGCGGACUGGCGGACGAGCGGGGAGCCACGAUGAUUUCUCUGCGCCCGGCUCGGAGCAGUUGAGAGAGCGCCGGCCAAGAUGAGGACAAACAAGCUCUACAAACUGGUCAUCCACAAGAAGGGGUUCGGGGGCAGCGAUGAUGAGCUUGUGGUGAAUCCCAAAGUGUUCCCCCAGAUCAAGCUGGGGGACAUCGUGGAGAUCGCACACCCCAACGACGAGUACAGCCCUCUGCUUUUGCAGGUGAAGUCACUUAAAGAAGACCUGCAGAAAGAAACGAUCAGCGUGGACCAGACGGUCACUCAGGUGUUCCGGCUGAGGCCCUAUCAGGACGUCUUUGUGAAUGUCGUCGACCCCAAGGAGGUGACUCUUGACCUAGUGGAACUCACUUUUAAGGACCAGUACAUUGGGCGUGGGGAUAUGUGGAGGCUGAAAAAGAGCUUGGUCAGCACCUGUGCCUACAUCACUCAGAAGGUGGAAUUGGCAGGUAUCCGGGCCCAGGCGGGUGAGCUGUGGGUGAAGAGUGAGAAAGUCAUGUGUGGCUACAUCAGUGAAGACACUCGGGUGGUGUUCCGUUCGACUUCAGCCAUGGUGUAUAUAUUUAUUCAGAUGAGCUGUGAAAUGUGGGAUUUCGAUAUUUAUGGAGACUUGUAUUUUGAAAAAGCUGUGAAUGGUUUCCUUGCCGACCUCUUUACCAAGUGGAAGGAGAAGAACUGUAGCCACGAGGUGACCGUGGUCCUGUUUUCUAGGACUUUCUAUGACGCCAAGUCGAUGGAUGAGUUUCCCGAGACUCACCGGGCCUCGAUUCGGCAGGACCAUGAAGGCAGAUUCUAUGAAGACUUUUACAAGGUGGUGGUUCAGAACGAGAGGCGAGAAGAGUGGACGUCGCUCCUGGUGACCAUCAAGAAGCUCUUUGUCCAGUACCCGGUGCUGGUGCGGCUGGAGCGAGCAGAGGGCUUUCCCCAAGGAGACAAUUCUACCUCGGCCCAAGGGAACUACUUGGAGGCCAUUAACCUGUCAUUCAAUGUGUUUGACAAGCACUACAUCAACCGCAAUUUUGACCGGACGGGCCAGAUGUCGGUGGUCAUCACCCCCGGGGUCGGCGUGUUUGAAGUGGACCGGCUGCUCAUGAUCCUGACCAAGCAGCGCAUGAUCGACAACGGGAUCGGCGUGGACUUGGUGUGCAUGGGGGAGCAGCCGCUGCACGCCGUGCCCCUGUUUAAGCUGCACAACCGGAGCGGGCCCCGGGACUCCCGCCUCGGAGAUGACUACAACAUCCCUCACUGGAUCAACCACAGCUUCUAUACCUCCAAGAGUCAGCACCUCUGCAAUAGCUUCACCCCGCGAAUCAAGCUGGCGGGAAGAAAGCCUGUGACCGAGAAGGCAAAAAAUGGCCGGGACACCUCGAUCGGGACCCCGAAGGAGUCGGAGAAUGCGCUGCCCAUCCAGGUGGACUACGACGCGUACGACGCCCAGGUGUUCCGGCUGCCCGGCCCGGCCCGCGCCCAGCGCCUCAGCACCUUCAGGUCCGUGAGGGAGCGCGAGAGCCACACCCGCAAGAGCUCCAGCUCCUUCGACGUGUCCUCGAGCCCCUCGGUGCAGAGCCGCGCCCUGCCCGCCGAGGAGGUCCGGAGCCAGGCCUCCGACGACAGCUCUCUGGGCAAGGGCUCCCACGUGCUCAUGAUCCCCCACGCCCACCUGCACCAGUACGACGUCAGCAGCUCCCUCGGCUACACCAGCACGCGAGAUGUCCUGGAGCACAUGAUGGAGGCCCAGCAGCGGGACUCGAGCGCGCCCGGGAGGUUCCACGUGGGCAGCGCGGAGUCCAUGCUGCACGUCCGUCCCGGCGGCUACGCGCCCCAGCGCGCCCUCAUCAACCCCUUCGCGCCCUCCCGCAUGCCCAUGAAGCUGACGUCCAACAGGAGGAGGUGGAUGCACACCUUCCCCGUGGGUCCGUCCGGAGAGGCCAUCCAGAUCCACCACCAGACGCGCCAGAACAUGGCGGAGCUCCAGGGCCGGGGCCAGCGGGACCCAACUCACUCGUCCGCGGAGCUGCUGGAGCUGGCCUACCACGAGGCCGCGGGAAGGCACCUCCCCUCCCGCCAGCCCGCAGACGGCGCGUCCUUCCUGAAUUUCAGCGGGAACGGCGAGUUUUCUGCCCGCCUGCUCAGCAACAGUGGCGCAGGAGCCAGGACCCAGAACAAGGAUUCCCUGGAAGACGGCGUGUCCGCCUCUGCAGAUCCAACUCUGACACUGUCUGCUCCCCCUGUAGUGCCAGGCUUCUGUUGCACGGUCGGAGUGGACUGGAAGUCUCUCACUACUCCGGCCUGCCUGCCCCUCACCACCGACUACUUCCCCGACCGCCAGGGCCUGCAGAACGACUACACCGAGGGCUGCUACGACCUCCUCCCGGAGGCGGACAUGGACAGGAGGGACGAGGAGGGCGUGCAGAUGACCGCCCAGCAGGUCUUUGAGGAGUUCAUCUGCCAGCGUCUCAUGCAGGGCUACCAGAUCAUCGUGCAGCCCAAGCCGCAGAAAGCCAACCCGGCUGUGGCCCCUCCCCUGAGCAGCAGCCCGCUCUACAGCCGCGGGCUGGUGUCCCGCAACCGGCCCGAGGAGGAGGACCAGUACUGGCUGAGCAUGGGCCGCACCUUCCACAAGGUGGCGCUCAAGGACAAGAUCAUCACCGUCACCCGCUACCUGCCCAAGUAUCCCUACGAGUCCGCCCAGAUCAACUACACCUACAGCCUGUGCCCCUCCCACUCGGACUCGGAGUUUGUCUCCUGCUGGGUGGAGUUCUCCCACGAGCGCCUGGAGGAGUACAAGUGGAACUACCUGGAUCAGUACAUCUGCUCGGCGGGCUCCGAAGACUUCAGCCUGAUCGAGUCGCUGAAGUUCUGGAGGACGCGCUUCCUGCUGCUCCCGGCCUGCGUCACGGCCACCAAGCGCAUCACGGAGGGCGAGGCGCACUGCGACAUCUACGGCGACAAGCCGCGCUCCGACGAGGAGGAGUGGCAGCUCCUGGACGGCUUCAUCCGCUUCAUGGAGGGCCUGAACCGCAUCCGCAGGCGCCACCGCUCCGACCGCAUGAUCCGCAAGGGGGCGGCCAUGAAGGGCUUGCAGAUGGCCGGCCCGCUGCCCGCCCACUCGCUGGAGCCCGCAGGCCCCCCGGUUGGGAAGAAGGGGACAUCCGCUCUGUCAGCUCUGCUGGAGAUGGAGGCCAGUCAGAAGUGCUUGGGAGAGCAGCAGGCCAGCCUGCAUGCUGGCAAGGGCCCUGCCCAUCCGGCGGAGAACAGCAGCGUGGCGCUGACGCCCACCUACCUGGACAGCCCUCGGAAGGAAGGGGCCUUCUUUACGGAGUCCGUCCGCAGCCCACGUCCGGCCGCCUCCGCCUUCCACCCCCAGGUCUCGGUGGAUCAGGGCCCCGCUCUGGCCUUGGACGGCGUCGGCCCGGGUGUCAGCCUGGGGCAGCCCGCGGACAGAGGCGGCGCGCAGACCGCGGGGGAGCCCGGCUGCCCGCCCGCAAACCCCGGCGAUGGCAGCUCCCAGCAGCUCCCGACCAGCGCGCUGACCACCUCCUCCACGCUGCUGGAGAUCCUGGAGGCCAUGAAGCACCCCUCGACGGGGAUCCAGCUGCUGUCGGAGCAGAAGGGCCUCUCGGCGUCCUGCUUCAUCAGCGCGGAGGUCGUGCACUGGCUGGUGAGCAGCGUGGAGGGCGUCCAGACCCAGGUCAUGGCCAGCGACAUCAUGCAGAAAAUGCUGGAGGAGCAGCUCAUCACGCACGCCUCGGGGGAGGCCCUGCGCACCUUCAUCUACGGCUUCUACUUCUACAGGAUCGUGGGCGACAGGGAGCCCGAGCGAGGGGCCCUGCAGCAGCCCGCCACGUGGCACACGGCGGCCAUGGACGACUUCACGGCCUUCCAGCGCAAGUGGUUCGAGGUGGCCUUCGUGGCCGAGGAGCUGCUGCACUCGGAGAUCCCGGCCUUCCUGCUGCCCUGGCUGCCCAGCCGCCCCGCCUCCUACGCCAGCCGGCACAGCUCCUUCAGCCGCAGCUUUGGCGGGAGGAGCCAGGCCGCGGCGCUCCUGGCGGCCACGGUGCCCGAGCAGAGGACGGUGACCCUGGACGUGGACGUCAACAACCGCACGGACCGGCUGGAGUGGUGCAGCUGCUACUACCACGGCAACUUCUCCCUGAACGCCGCCUUCGAGAUCAAGCUGCACUGGAUGGCCGUGACGGCCGCCGUGCUCUUCGAGAUGGUUCAGGGCUGGCACCGUAAGGCCACUUCCUGCGGCUUCCUGCUGGUUCCGGUUCUGGAAGGCCCCUUCGCCCUGCCCAGUUACCUGUACGGCGACCCGCUGCGGGCCCAGCUCUUCAUCCCACUCAACGUCAGCUGCCUGGUGAAGGAGGGCAGCGAGCACCUGUUCGACAGCUUUGAACCAGAAACCUACUGGGACCGCAUGCACCUCUUCCAGGAAGCCAUCGCUCACAGGUUCGGGUUUGUGCAAGACAAGUAUUCCGCCUCCGCCUUCAACUUUCCUUCGGAGAACAAGCCGCAGUAUAUCCACGUCACGGGGACCGUCUUCCUGCAGCUGCCCUACUCCAAGCGCAAGUUCUCGGGCCAGCAGCGGCGCCGGCGCAACUCGACCAGCUCGAGCGGCCAGAACCUGUUCUGCGAGGAGCGCGUGGGCUACAACUGGGCCUACAACACCAUGCUGACCAAGACGUGGCGCUCCAGCGCCACUGGCGACGAGAAGUUCGCCGACCGGCUGCUCAAGGACUUCACCGACUUCUGCCUCAACCGCGACAACCGCCUGCUGGCCUUCUGGGCCGGCUGCGUGGAGAAGAUGCACGCCAGCGCGCCCUGAGCGGCCGGGGGCGAUGCCGUGGGUGUGGGCACGGGCCGGGCAGCCUCCCCGGAGCCCCGGCCCACUCAGGGAAGCGGGCAUCGGGUGGGGGGCGGGGCGGCGCGGCCCCACUGUGCGCCACCAGGUUCCCCUCCCCCCCAGAGGGUGUAAAAUAAUCCUGUGAAAUAAUGUCAAUACGAGUGUACAUAGCUGUAAAUACGCAGAAGAGAAAUAAAAACCGAACCAGCCUCUG